AUGAGCAGCGGGGCGCGAAACCGCAGUUUGUUCAGGACGACGCACGCCCUGCACGCCCACAGGAAUCGCGGCAGGCCGUCGCGUGGGCGAUGCAGAUGCGUCGCGCUGCUGCUGCUGGUGCUGGUCGCGGUGGUGGGCGUCGCUCUCUUCGAACUGCGCUUCCUGUCGAGCCUGGAAGGACCCGACGGGCCGUCCUUCACGUUCGGCCUGCAGCCCUUCGCGCAUUCGCUCAAGGAGCGCCAGGACUCGUCGAGCGAGCACGUGGUCGGCGCGGCGGAUGACGGCGACGUCGCGGUCGUCGAGGAGACCGAGCCGACCGCGGGCGGCAACGAGGAGACGCCCGAGCCGGACACGUCGUCACAAGCGAGCAGCGACAUGGCAGCGGAGUCGACCGGCGCCCCCGGCGGCGACAGCGCGGCGGAGCCCACCUCAACAGCCACUCCUGCGGGUCUCGGCGAGGACGGCUCGGCACCAGGUGCGACGGAGGCUGCCACCGACGCCGCGGUGCCGACCACAGCCCCCGCAGACUCGGUCCAGGGGGGGUCUGUCGGGAACAACAACAGCACGGAGGCGGCGGGGCUCGCAGCGGCGGACGCGCGCGCCACAGACGCCGCGCUGGACGAUGCGACGCCCGAGGGGAACCUGUCGACGCGCGGCGCGCCAGCCGUCGCGCUCGAGACCGCGGCGCCGCUCGCAGGCGGCGACAACAGCACGGACGCAGGAGGGAGGGGGGGGCGCGAGCCGGCCCUGGGCGGCCCGGGCGCGACGCUGGGCGGCGGCCAGGAGCGUCUGGGGAGGAACGCGGCGACCGUUGCCGCCGUGAAGCGGAAAAAGGAGAAGAGGGCGAAGAAGCGCGCCAAAAAGAAGAAGUGGGGGGUGCCGGGCGCGGCUGCCGGCAACGCGACGACCGCCGCCGGCGCCGUCGGCAGCGGCGAGAUCGCGGGCGCGGUUGCCGGCAACGCGACGACCGCUGCGGGCGCCGUCGGCAGCGGCGAGACCGCGGGCGGGGCCAUGCAGGGACCGGAGUCUGCGGCGUCGGAUGCCGCGAACGCUACUGCUGUGGGUGAGGUGACUUCGAUGGCGGCGGCGAAGGACGAGGGGGGCGUGGAGGGGGCGGUCGCGGCCGAGAACGCGGCGACGGAGGCGGCUGUGUCCGAUGGGAGCGGCACGGACCCCCCGGGCGACGGGACGGUUGAGAGCGGUGCGACGGUGCGGGGCAACGCGACGGCCGGGGGCGGGGGUGCGGCGGCGGCGCUGGAUGGCGCGGGCGCGAGCAGUGUCAGGUCGGAGGCGGACGAGGGCGGUGCGACGGCAGUGGUGGUGGUCGACGACGGAGGCGAGGAUGCGACGCCUGGUGUUGCAGGAGACGGCGUGGUCCCCGGGGACGUGGUGGCACCGAGCGACGCGGGAGGCGAUGUGGGCGGGGGCGACGCGGACGCAGCUGUCACCGCUACGGAGGCGGGCGACCCCGCGGAGGGCAGCCCUUCCGAGCAUGGGGAGGACGAGGCGGUGACGCCGAACGCGGCAGUUGACGCGACGACGCCGGACGUCGAUGGAACGCAGUCGGCGCCGACCACGCCUGCGGGCGACGACGCGGAUCCGGCAGAGGCGGAUCCGGCAGCCACGGAGCCGGCGGCCGAGCCGGCUGCUACCGACGCGGGGGACCAGGGGACUGAUCGGUCGCCCGGAGGGGCUGUCAGCGGGGAGGCGGAGGCGACGACCGCGUCCGGUGAGGCGGCGGUGCCCGCAGCACGGGAGCCGCGCAACCCGCGCGCCCCGGAGGCGUCGGAGGCGUGCGAGGGGGGCGGCAGCGUGGACCUCGACGACGGCUGCACGGUGGUCGACGACGCGCAGCGCUGCGUGAUCGGCGGGCUGUGCUUCGACAGGGAUGCGUACGAGCGCUGCCACGCGGAGGGCGCGGCGGGCGUCGACGCGCUGGUGUGCGUGACGGGCGCGGAGGAGCGCGCGCGGGUCGUGCGGGGCGCGGCGGCCGCGGCGUUCAAGACGGUGAUGCAGCAGGCGCGCGACGCGGACGCUGCGUCGCCGGAGUGGUGGGACGCGGCGUCGGCGGUGGUGGACGCGCUGGACGCGCUGGUGCUGAUGGGGCUGGAGAAGGAGCACGGGGAGGCGCAGGCGUGGGUGCUGGCGAACGUGCGGAUCGACUCCCUGCCGUCGAUGCCGGAGAGCGGGCUCCCCACGUUCCACUCGCGCAUGGUGGGGGGUCUGUUGUCGGCGUUCACGCUGACGGGCAACGCCAAGGUCAAGCAGCUGCUCCUGCGCGCCGCGGACGCCGAGAUCUUCCUGUGGAAGUGCCACAGGGACGUGGGCCCGCACAUCGACGACGCGGACGUGCGCGCCCCCGCGGAGUGGGCGUGCCCCGAGGGCCUCGGCGCCAGCGAGGACGGGCACGCGCUCGCGCACCUCCCCGUGGCCUCGGCGGUGGCGCUGGAGAGCCUCUCGGCGAUAUCCGGCGACGCGCGGUACGCCCGCGUCGUGCGCGCCGUGUACCGCGCCAUGGUGGCCGACGCGGCGCGGACCGACAUCGGGGUGCGCUUCCCGUCGCGGGUGGGCGGCGCGGCGGAGUCGGCUCGGUUCGGGUUCGGCGCGGAGUCGGCCGGGUUCUACCGCGCGCUGAUCGAGACGUGGAGCGCGACGGGUGGCAAGGACGGCGCGCUGCAGGGGGUGUGGAGGGGGGUGCUGGAGGCGUGGGCGAAGCUGGCCGCGCGCGUGGCCAGGACGAGCGCGCCGGGGGACCCGCCCGUGCUGGUGUCGGAGGAGGAGGGCUCGGCGCUGUUCGAGGCGGACGCGUGCGCGAUCGCGGGGUCCCUGGCGGAGCUGACGCGCGCGGAGGCGGCGCCGUCGUUCACGUGCAGCGACAUCCGCGGGGCAGGCGCGGACGCGGGCUGGCCGGGCGAGGGGGAGUGCGGCGCGCUGGCCGUGGCGGAGCUGCUCGCGGAGACGUGCUACCGCAUCGGGCGGGAGUCGCCGUCGGGGUUGGCGCCCGACGCGGUGCGCGGCACGGAGCAGGGCGCGCCGGAGCGCGCGGGCGCGCCGGACGCGGAGGCGCCGCUGGCGUUCAUGGGGCUGGAGGCGGCGAAGAAGCGGUGGUCGAGGCAGGAGGGCGCGCCGAUGUCGUGGUGGGCGCUGUGGCGGACAACGGGCCGGGCGCGGUACCGGGAGUGGGGGUGGCGGCUGUUCGUGGCGAUGGAGCGGAGCAGCAAGGACGGCAGCGGCGCGUACCGCGACGUCAGGAACGUGCUCGGGGCCACGGGCGAGCGCGACGAGCGGCCGCGCACCACGACGCUGCCCAGCAUCCUCAAGUGGCUGUACCUCACGUUCUCCGAGGGCGGGGGUCCCGACGGGACGGGGCUGCUGGACUGGGACAAGUGGGUGGUGUCGAGCGGCGCGCACCCGGUCCCGAUCAAGGAGCUCAGGGUGGACGACGUGGGGGCGUGGAGCGCGGAGGAGAAUGAAAAUGCAUCUGAGGAGUGA